AUGAAUCGUUUUAUUGGUCUUUCAAUUUUUCAUUUAUAUCUUUCUCUGCGUGGUUCAGAUAUUUCUGUUGUUUUUUUUUUGUAUUGUUCUCUUUAUUUAGUCAUACUAUUUUUUGCAGUUGCAUCAAAUAAUUUAGCUGUACUUAAUCGUGAUCAAAAUUUAUUUGAUUUAUGGAAACGUGUUAAAACAGCAACAGCACCGGAAACUGAACCGAAAUUAAAUACAUUUCAAAAAGAAAAACAUUGUUCAACAUGUGAUUAUUUAAGAAAUGAUAAUGAAUCAUCAGUUAAACCUGGUAUUGUAGCAACAUUAGUAACACUUUAUAAUUAUAUGGAAGAUUCAAAAUCAACUGGUCAAGUACUUAAUGAAUCAGUUGAUCGUUUAUUAGCACGAAAACUGUUAUCGAUUAAACAAUUAUCUGAAGGUAUUGAUGCUGAUAUGCUUGAAUCAACAUUGGAUAAACGAAUACCGAAAUCAGAAAAAACAAUUGAAAAGACUAAAGUAGAUGAUUCAGGUUCGAAAUCAACUAGUGCAGUUGCAAUAGUUCGUUUACCGAAGAAAUAUGAUCCAACAUCAAAACCAGAUCCUCAAUUUUCAUUACCAUUGUGUGAACAUUCAUAUUAUCGUAGUGCAGUUGGAUCUGAUCAAUCGGCAACUAAUACUAUAACAACAUCAACUGGUGCGCAAAAAUCAAUGUCAACAUCAAAAACAACAACUGGAACAACUUCAACUGAACCAAAAUCAACACCAUCACCAGGAAAUUCAACCACAGGAAAAAGAAAAGGCAAACGUGAAAAAUUUUUGAUACUAAAAAAAAAUUAUCAUUGUUUCAUCGAAAGCUCUUUUUAG